AUGUCAGAUUCGGUGCCCACUCGCUCCAAACUCGCCCUGAAAGGAUCGUCACGAAUUGUGUCCGACUUUUUCGAGUACAGCAUUCAUAGCAUCCUGUAUCAGCGUGGCAUUUACCCACCCGAGGACUUCCAGACCGUGAGGAAAUACGGUCUCAACAUGCUUGUUCCCACAGACGACGAAUUGCAGUCUUACGUAAAGCAGAUCAUGAAACAGCUGCAUAAAUGGGUGUACGGAGGCUCUAUCUCGCGGCUCGUUUUGGCGAUUGUGUCGAAAGAAACGGGCGAGACGGUCGAAAAGUGGCAGUUCAACCUAGAUAUACAGAAGCCCGACACCGAGCAGACGGAAAGCAAAACGAACGAACAGAUCCAGCGAGAGAUCCAAGCAAUCAUCCGCCAGAUCACUGCGUCGGUGACAUUUCUGCCCGAGCUGGAGGACGAGUGCACGUUCAAUGUUCUUGUGUAUGCCGACCCUAAUUGCCGCGUUCCUGAAAAGUGGGGGGACUCGAGCGCACACGAGAUUACGGGUGCGACGGAGAGCGUCAAGUUCCGCAGCUUCAGUACCGCCAACCACCGCGUCGAUGCCCUUGUCGAGUACAAGCACGGAUGAUUUGCGUCGAUCGACGCACCGUUCCGAAAGAAGCAACUAAAUCCAUUUGCCAAAAAAAAAUCUCUCCACAAGCAGUCACCACCAUGAGCUUCAGCAACGCCUUUGGGGAUUCAUGCGGCGCGAACAACGCGCUCAACAAGUUCACACAACGAGCAAACGUGGACAACUCCCUCGCGAACCAGCUAAGGGCGAACAGCGACAGCCAGCGUUUGCAGGCUCAACCCCACCAGACGGUGGAUCAACAACUCGAGUCUGAGUACCGCGCUUUCCAACAACAAACGCCUUCGUACCAGGCGUCUUUCCAGACUCUGCCGACGCCCGCAUUUAUAGAGGAAAACCAGUGGGUCAACCACUUUCGCGAUAUGAACCUCCACGACACGCCGGGGGCCCAGCAUUUGCAACAAGUGCCGACUCAAUCUCUGCACUCACAGCAGUGGCGACACGAAUUUGCGCAGAGCCAACAACAGCAGCAGCAGCAGGAAACGGCAGACACGUAUUCCUCGGCCUUCCGAAUGCGCACGGGCGCACCGCAGCUUGCCACAUCGCUCGCACCGCAGGUCGUCUCUGCUGCGACUGUCCGGGAAGACUUUUCUGCUGUGGACGCUGCUUUCGACGAGCUGGAACACGAGAUGCACGACGAGAAGAUGGAAGAGCAGCAGGCGGAGCAGGUCAAACCGCAGAACGAGGACGAUAAGAUUAAGUUUGCCCAGCUGGCUCGGUCUGUCUUCCUAACGAUGUCGCAGCCUCCGGCAGAUAUAUCGAAGCAAACCAGCGACAAAUUCCAGAAAUCAAACUUUCUCAAGCUGAUGAACAGGAUCUCUACAAGAGAGGUGGAGAUGAACGAGGACAGAGACAGGUUCGUGGACGCCCAGGGCCGGGAUAUUCGCGACAUGCUUCCGGAUCCGUUGAAGGACAUAAAGGAAGAAGGGCUUGCUGGAAUGGGGCCUUUUGCAUCGGCACAGCAGGUGUAUUCGCAAAUGGGGGACGACCUGAGACCCAGCAUGUGGCAGUGAGCUGACGAGCGGCAUCGAUUUCGCUAUCCUACUUGUAUAAUUGCACAUGCCGUUCCACUGUUGUAGAUCGAGGGUGUCAGGGUGCGCUUUUACGGGCCGGCUUAGCUAAGCGUCCCUAAAACUAAUAUUUCCCACUUUGCGAAAAACCCCUUUUUCCCACACAAUGUUUGCUUGCAAUCAGUGCCCCAAGGCGUUCAAGCGCAAAGACCAUCUGAAACGUCACAUGGUGAAUCACAGCGAUACGAAACAUGUUUGUACACGUUGCGGUGCGCCCUUUCGCCGGUCAGAUUGCUUGAGUAAGUAGAUAAUUUAAUGUACUAAUUUUAAGAUCGUCAUCUGAAAAGACACAAGGAAAAAGACAUCGAGGCCGGCGGAGAGGGGCUCGGAGAGCUUGUGACAAGACGGAAGUUCUGGAGCCCUCAAGAAGGAUACACAAAACGCGUCAAAGGAGAAGAUAGUGGCAGCUCGCCGGACUCCACAGACACACGGCUCUUUUCGAAAAACGACAGCGACACAACAGAAGGCCACAAUUUUGAAGCUAUGCUAGAGCCAGAACUGCUCAAGCUCAGUCAUAAGUCCAGCAGUGUGUGGAAUAAAUACAAUUUUGAGAAUCCCAGGGUGGACUGCUCGAUGCCAGCCUUGGACCAGCCAACAGUGGAACGUGUCCAGCGGUUUGUCCGGGGCUUAUGUGAGACAGAAAAAAUGAUGUUUGAGACGGUUAAUUCCUGUGGAAUAUUGGAUUCGUCUUCCGUCCAAAGGUCAUUGGAGAACUUUUUCUCCGGCUUCAAUCUCACCUAUCCCUUGGUUCACGUGCAGAGUUUCACUACCGAAAGUAUUUAUUUGUUGACAAGCCUUAUUAUGGCAGGAUCUUGCGCAGAGUAUUCCAUAGCUACCAAGCUUGUUGCAAUUUUAGAAAAACGGCUUUUUGAGCUUCCAGGGCUUCUGGGGGGCAACCUAGAGCUAGUACAAUCCUUGAUUGUGUGCCAAUUUGUGAAACUGUUCUUUGGUGACAAGAUGCAACACGAGCAUGCGCUUGCUUUUAGUGGAGUGGUCACUCACAUUCUGCGUGAAAAUGGGUAUUUUGAGUGCCCCCCUGAGACAGCGAACUGGCACGAAUGGAUCGUAAGUGAAAGUCGAACCAGGGCUACAUUUCUUGCACUCCAACUCGACGUCCAGAAAAGCAUGCUUUUUGGUUGUGGAAGUACAAUGUCGGCUUCCGAGCUCCGUUGUAACAUGCCGUCUUCGUUCCAAUUGUGGAUGGCGUCGGCUGAAGAAUGGCUAACUCUCAGGCGCCGCUCAAGGCCAGUGACUUUCAAUGCGGCCCUGCAAGGGUACUUGAGUUCAAAGUAUACUCUGCUACUUACUGAUGGUCAUCAGAAACAGAUUUUGCUGCAUGGUAUACUGAGCGUUUUCCUGGACCAUCAAAAAUCAAGUCCUGGCUUCCACGAUAACAGCUGGAAAUUGCAGAUAUUGACGGCACUCGAGAAAUGGAGCGAUGAUUUCAGCAGGUGGCCUAGUUCCAUGAACGAAACCGUCAAAAACGAUCCGGUAUUCAUGCAGUUCACAACUUCGGUCGGAGCACUCUACCGGCACGCACAUUUGCUACUUUCAGCAAACCUCGCAUCGCCCAAGAAACUGCUGCCAAUAGGAGACUCCACCUUUGCAGACACAAGAACAGCGGUGUGGCACGCCUCGCAAAUGAUCAUUGAGGGAUAUCUGAACUUGGAUUACUGGCAAGCCGACGGCUGCUUCCACUACGAUUGGUGUCUUUACACGGCCGUUAUGGUAAUAUGGAAUCACUUCAAGGGUUCAGGUUCGACAGAUAUGGCCAAGGUUCUUCUCAAUCUUUCGCGAAGAACGCCCCAGGACAUCAUGGCCCCACCUAUUGAUUCCAAACCAAUUAUGGAGCACUUGCAAAAGAAAUUGGCACAAAGCUCUAGUCUUAUCUUAAAAAACGUGGCAAGGAAUAUGGGGUAGUUGAUGACUCAAGUUCACUCAACCCUCUUUGAAAACUGCUGGC